AUGAGCGAGGAGCAAAUGGAAGAAGUAGAAUUAAUUUUAACUGAUUGUGAAAAACUAGUAAUAAAUGACUUAGAAUUAGAGGCUAUAAUUGCUAGAACUACUCGGGUUAUUGAAGAAGCAAAAUUUAGAAUGAUAAAUAUUAAUGUAAAUGAAAAAAUUGAGAUUGCUGAAGAAGAAAAACAAUUCUUGGAAAAUCUUUUAUCUGUUUUACAGGAACACAUGAAAGGAAGAAAAAGCAUUAAUGCUUUGGGUAAGUUUUUAGAAGGGUUUCAAACUGCUAAAGAAACGUUACAGACAAAAAUUAGUGAAAAAAAGUUCUGGUCUCUAUUUGAGAAAUUAGAGGAAGAAACUAAGUUAGAAGGCGCGGUGGAGGCUCGGAUGGAGGUUCUUGACAAGAAAAAUUAA